AUGACAAGGAGAAUAUUCGGGGAAGCGGUUCAGUUCUGUGAAGGAUUAUACGGCAAAUGUAAAGGAAACAAACGCACUAGUCGCCCCACUGAAGAGGGGUGUGAUGCAUCAAUCCUACUGGAUGGAAAUAACACAGAGAAAACUGCUGUCCCUAAUCUUAGUGUUCGAGGCUAUGAAAUAAUUGAUGCAGCCAAAGCUGCUGUGGAAGCAAUCUGUCCAGGAGUGGUUUCUUGUGCUGAUAUCAUCGUUAUGUCCACUAGAGAUGCCGUUGGCCUAAUGCGAUUCAUGAAAAACUAUGGAAGAGUGGCUCCUUAUGCUCCUGCCUACGCUAUGAAUGAUGAAUUCUCAAGGGUCUUGCAUCAGCAAAUGGAGUUUUUCUCCAGUAAUCCUAGUGCAGACACACUCAACCGUGUCCGAGGAGAAGUCAGUGAGGCUGCCGGAGCCACCGGGAGUUCGCCAUCAAUUGGUGGAGUUCCUGAUAUAUUCGAGGGCAGGGUUUAUGGUGUCAUCCGGCGAGCCGUCAUCAUUGGUAAUGGAUUCACGGCUUCCGAAAACCAGAGCAUCGGCUUGAUUCGCGCCCUAGACUUACAAACUAAAACUCCAGUGAAGGAAGUCGGUGGCACGAAGGAAGUCGGUGGCACGCAGAUGGCAAGUCACAAGCAACUGAGCAAGUCCACGGCGUGCAGAGAGAAUCAGAGAAAGAGAGGAAAUUGA